AGCUUUAUCGAGAGAGAAACUCACUCUCUUUCAUGCCCUCUGACACCCCCAUCUUCUCCAUGCCACAAGAAAACACUAUAUCUUUUAGCAUUAUAUGCUGCCACGCCAUUUAACUCUACAUGCAUUAACAUAAUGCAGAACGGUCCUCUCUUUCCUUUUCUUUCCUAACUGCAUGGACUUACUCAGUUUUCAGGCCUCGGAAUUUUCUCCCCUUUCCUUUCAUUUAUAUCACCCAGCAUUCUGCAUUUAAUAUACCAACAACCUUAUACAGAGAAGAGCCUAUAAUCUAGCCAGCUAGGCAUUAUAUUUAAGAGCUAACUUCGCUUUUGCUCUUUGUAGCUAGUUAAUUUGUUCUUCAAUUCAAUGGGAAAACCCGGGGGGAACUCCUGGUUCACUGCAGUGAAGCGGGCCUUUAGGUCUCCUACAAAGGAGAAUGAAAAGAAGAGCAGUAAGAGGAGAGAAGAUCAUGAACAAGAGGAGGAAGAAAAGAAAAGAGGAAAAAGAAGAUGGAUUUUGAAGAAGAGUACAACUCAGGAAGCGAAUAUACAACAACAUCAUCGUGAAGGGAGGACCAUAACAGUUACUGCUAAUAAUACUAAAGCAAACGGUACUAAUGCGGUUAACUCAGCCGUACUGAAGAGUGCUGUUAAUCCUGAAGCUGCUAAUGCAGAGCAAAGACACGCCAUUGCGGUUGCCAUAGCCACCACAGCAGCCGCUCAAGCGGCAGUAGCAACAGCACAAGCUGCGGUAGAAGUUGUUCGUCUCACAAGGCCUACCAUUUUUGUCAGAGAACACUUGGCUGCCAUUGUUAUUCAGACUGCUUUCAGGGGUUAUCUGGCGAGGAGAGCUCUCCGGGCACUGAAGGGGCUGGUGAAGCUGCAAGCCCUAGUGAGAGGCUACAAUGUUAGAAAACGAGCAAAUGUGACUCUGAGGUGCAUGGAAGCCCUGGUUAGAGUGCAAGCCCGCGUGCGUGACCAACGUAAGAGGUUUUCUUCUCAUGAAGACAGUGCAGGUUCCAUGUCAGGUGACACAAACAACAGCUUCUGGGUUUCACAUCUUACAGAUAGAAAAUCCAUUUCUAGAGAUGAAAGUAGCAGACUAGAUGAUUGGAUCCAGUGGGAUAACAACCCAAAAACUCUGGAGGAGAUUCAAGUCAUGUUGCAGAAAACAAAGGAAGCUACCAUGAAAAGAGAAACUUCCCUUGCUCAUGCCUUCUCCCAACAGAUAUGGGGAAAUGACAGAGACCUGCAGGGUGAAAGUGAGGAAGAGCUAGAUGAGAAACCUCGAUGGGUUGAUAGGUGGACAACAAGGAAGCAAUGGGAGAGCAGAGGAAGAAUUUCUUGUGAUAAUUAUCAAAGAGAACCCAUAAAAACUGUUGAAAUUGACACAUCCAGACCUUACUCUUUCUCAGCCUCCAAUUCUCAUAAGCCAAACCAUCUGCAUCACUACCAACAGUAUCAACAACAAAGGCCUAGCUCAUAUUCGGCCGUCUCUCCCCUCCACAAAGCCACACCAUCUCCAUCAAGAGUAAAGGCUCCUCUUCAAGUGAAUUCUGCCAGCCCUCGGUGCCUCAGAGAAGAUAGAAGCCACCCAACACCUCAAACUCCAAGCCUAGUAUCCUCCUACAACCACAGAAUAAGUAGUGUUGCUGGAGCUGCUGCAGCACUUCCAAAUUACAUGACUGCCACAGCAUCUGCUAAGGCUCGGCUCCGGUCACUAAGUGCACCAAAGCAGAGACCUUCAACCCAUGAGAAGGAAAAGGUGGGUUCUGCUGCCAAGAAACGCUUGUCAUUUCCAGCUCCUGAACCAUGCAUUAGUGAUGGCAAUAAUGAUCGCAUUUAUGAAUAUAACAUGGGGAGUCCAAGAUACAAGAGCUGCAGCCGUGGAGGAGGACAUUUUGGCAUGGAGCAGAGGUCAAAUAUCUCUUCUUGUUGUACUGAUAGCAUUGGGGAAGAAGCCUUUCCACCCUCCACCAUUGAUCUUAGAAAGUGGUUGAGGUAAGCCCCCAACCAAAAAGUGCUACAUUGCUGAGGGUGAAUUGAUGUAAACUUCUAUCGGAAAUUGAAAAUUGAAUGCAGAAAUAAUGUGAAUCAAUGGUGACAUUUUCAAGAGAAGGUUGUUAAUUUGAGCAUGCUCACCCAGCAGAGAUGUCAUUAACUCACAAUCAUCAAAGGGGUCAUGAAGCAACACCUUUGGAACCAUUUUAAUAACAAAAAUAAAAACCCUACAUCAGU